AUGAAGCUAGACAAAGAGCUCUUCCACCCAAGCCAUCCACAACAUAAGCUCAAGAUCGAGUACACUGAGAUCCCCUUUCGCUGCGAUGGAUGCAAGGAAGCAGGCAUAGGCCUCAAGUACAAAUGCCAUGCGUGCGACUUCGACCUACACAAAGCUUGUGCCCUUGCACCAAGCAUGAUCACACACCCCUUCUACAAGAAAUGCGAGUUCCGCUUCUAUGGCAAACCGCCUGGUCCUGUCAUGAGAAUUUGCGACGCAUGUAGGAAAGAUGUUCUUGGCUUUGUUUAUCACUGCACGAGAUGCGGUUUCGAUCUCCAUCCAUGCUGUGCCAACCUCCCACAGUGCCUUGACGAUGGAGAAAGAAACUUCUACCUUAGCCUAAGGGUUUCAGGCACUUGUCUCAGAUGUGGGGGCAAAGGAUUGGGCUGGUCCUAUAAGUCUGAUUGCAAGAACUACACACUUCAUGUCUCCUGUGUGAAGGAGCUACUAGUGGAGAGUUGGCAAGCUAUAUCUCUGAACUUGGAUAAGAAUAAGGUUAGGGACAUACAGACUAGGAUUCCAAGCCUCAGGGGGCCAAUGCAGAGCCACCAUAGGGGGACGCUGGGGAAGGUUGAGAGGUGCUGCCAGAUUGCAGGCAGUGCAGUGCGCAUCAUCGUCUCCGCCGUAUUGGGAGAUCCGACUGCUGUUAUUGCAGCAGCAGUUGGAGGAUUUAUGGCAAAGUAG